GGAACCUAAUCCGAAUCAAAAUGGCCGACGAAGCGAGUGGUUACGUCCAAGCACGUUUUACAACGCAACAAAAACGUUAUUCAGUUCCAGAAACGCCAUUCUCUGUGCCUGUCAAACUUGGGUCUCAAGAGCUGAAUGAACUCAUCAGUAGCUUGCUGUUGUCAAAUGAAUCAGAGGUAUCUGAAUCUGAGGAUGAAAAUGAAAGGAAUUUUCAGUUUGAUUUUCUCAUUGAUGGCAUUUACCUACAAGAAACACUGGAUAAACACAUGAGACUUUACAACAUUUCAACAGAGAGUGUUGUUGAAAUAGAGUAUCUUGAGAAACAUCCCACACCACGACCAGAUAACUGUCUUCUUCAUGAUGACUGGAUCAGCUCCAUAGCCGUGUGCAAGAAGUGUAUUCUGAGUGGCAGCUAUGAUGGAAAUGCAUACAUGUGGGAUUUUAAUGGUACAUGUCAUUUGACAUUUGAUGGACACACGGCACCUGUGAAGAGUGUGCAGUGGAUAGAUGUGGAUGAUGAUGUUGGUAUGUUUUUAACCUCAUCUCAAGACCAAUCCAUUCGACUGAGUGAGUGGUCACGUAAUAAGGGGAAGGCAGAGUGUAUCCACAUCUGUAAAGGGCACACACAGAGUGUUGAUACAGUGGCUGUGGAUUCAUCUAAGACAAAGUUUUGCAGUGGUUCUUGGGAUAAAACUUUAAAAGUAUGGUCAGCUGUUGCAGACCCUUUGGCGUCCGAUGAAGCUGACGACAAUGAGAAAGUGAAGAAGAAGCAAAAGACCGACAAAAGAAAAGCAACUACACGGACCCCACUCAUGACGCUAUCUGGUCACGCAGAAGCUGUCUCCAGUGUACUGUGGAUGGAUCAAAGCACGGUGUGCAGUGCAGGCUGGGAUCACACCAUUCGAAUUUGGGACGUCCAGGCUGGAGUCAACAAACAGACGCUGAGUGGCUCCAAAGUAUUUUGCGACGUCUCUUUCUCUCCUCACUCAAGACUUCUAGUUUCUGGCAGCGCUGACAGACAUGUUAGAUUGUGGGACCCCAGAACUACUGACGGAUCCAUUGUAAAAACAACGCUGACGUCACAUCAAGGCUGGGUGUCCUCAGUAGCAUGGUCACCAAGCAGCGAGUUCGAACUGAUUUCUGGGUCGUACGACACGACAGUCAAACUCUGGGACACACGGAGCUUAAGUGCACCGCUGUUCACAAUGACCCAACACCAGGAUAAAGUUAUGUGCGUAAACUGGGCUCUACAAACUUCUAUGCUUAGUGGCGGAGCUGAUAACCAGUUGAUAAUUUAUGAUAUCUCCGGCGGAGGCUGGAGAACAAGGGAUAGUGAUAUGGAAUACCAUUCUGCGGAUACCACGUGACCAGAAAUAACAAAGAUUUUUUGUCCAAUAUGUCAUUUACGAUUUUCGCCUCAGAGUUUUCAUAAAAAUGUGAGUUUAGCAAUUCUAAGUGGUCCGAAUUUAUUGGAUGACUUCUUGAUUUUUCGGCUCAGAUAUUUAUUAUUGUCAGAUCAUUUAAAUACUUUUUUUAUUUCUUUAAUAAAGAAGACUCUUUAGCACCACUAAUUGUAGAGUUGGGUUUAAGCUCAAGCACUGGACCCGACUUAUCCGCAUGCACGCGGUAAAUGCUGAUUUCGGAAAGGGGUUAGCCUGUCCCAGCCUCUCAGUCAGUGGGGACGAUCGAAAAACCGUACAGGCUACGAGCGGAGCCUGGGAGAGAAAAUGAUAGGGCGCCCUUCCCUUCUUCUCCCAAAUCCCGCUCGUAGCCUGCACGCGUUUUCGAUCUUCCCCGCUCCACUGACCGAGAGCCUGGGACAGGCUAGAGGGGGGUUAGAGUUCAGUACAGCUUGCCUUCUACUCGAUCGACAAAUACGACGUUAAAAAAAUGAAUAGUUACAGUGUAACAAUUUUACAAGCCUUAUGGUAAUUCCGACAGGCAAGGGACUAUUACUUUUCCCUAGGAAUGUGCAGUUACCACCUUUGUGGAAUCAGCUGUAUGUACACACUUGUUCCACAAAUGCGUUAAAGCGUACGCGACAAUGCCGAUUAGGAUCAUGGGUAGUAAUAGUUUCUCGUUGCUGGGUUGAGGUUCACAGUGUUUCAGCAAGAAGGAAGGAAAGCAUGAAUACACGUGUUUGUGCUGCUGCCUUCCACUGAAGCACCUCGAACUUCAAAGCAACUGAAACCACGAUUACCCAUAAUACCUUUUGACAUUGUUGAGUACGUUUUUGUAGGACUACUGACCUGUCUCAAAAGAGCUGUAUUUCUCCAACCGAGGCGAAAGUUGUUAUGGCGGAAACGCUUUUCUCCGAAUAAAGCACUAUCCACUGGAUAUGGAUUUUAAUUAGUGGUCGCUAAUUCGAAAUCGCUGUCGUGUUCGGUUAUAACGAUUGGGUUAAAGCACCAAAUAAUCUUCGAAGGGGUUACUUAAUGAAACGUCAAUCGGGAUGAAGAGGAAGCUGUAUUAUUUAGACAGUUUUCGGUUUAGGAAUGUACUCGAUCCUUUAGCCCGCGUAGCAAGUGUUCCCGAAAGACGUUUUUUUCGCAUUCGGGCCCAGGCUCGAUUUCCGCCGCUCACUCGAGUCCAGUCCACAUUCGUCCCCGAGAAGAAAGUCACGGCCUCCUUUCUUGAACAGCGGUUAUUUUGCCCGCGCGCAAAAUUAUAGCCAGAGCAAAUCAAUCGACGAAGCAGGGAAUGGUGGGGCGAGUAGAGGAACGCUUUCCCGCACCACUCCCUACAUCGUCGAUCCUUUGCUCUCGGAGAAAUGUGGAAAAGGGUAUGCGUAAUGGAAUGCUUGCUAGGCAGGCUAAACCCAACCUUGAAACCUCUUUUCAUAAUUCAGCUUUGUUUUCUUCUUUUCGCUGUUAAAAACACAGAAACGUCAUUUGUAAGCACCAUUUUGGAGUCUAGGGGCAUAAAUUGUGAACUUUGGCAUAACUUUUGGCAUAAUUUGACAAAAUUAGGAGAAAGGGACGAAAAGCCAAGCUACCCAGGGCCCCAGUGGUCCUAGGACUUAAAGAGAGAAAAGUUCUAUAGCUUUGGCUUCAAGUUCUAAAGUUUAUUACAAAAUUUGCGGUCUGAGCGCUUACAUUAACUUUGUGAUUAACCAAUAAAAAGUAACUACAAAACAAAACACAAGUUAGGUGUUACCUAGCAACACAAACGGGCUAGGUUACAAUUCUUUCCGAUUCUCUGUU